AUGGUAAACAUUAAAAGAGAUGGUCAAGCAUACGACCACAAAAACAAAGACAAGGAUAUAGCCAUUGACUCGGAAUUGUUGGGAGACCAACUGUCCUAUGGUGGUUCUGGAAAUGGCCAGGAUACAGGCCACCAACACAAGGAAGACGACGACGACGAUGUUGCAGCAGCAGCAGCAGCAUCUUUGGUAUCUGACUCUGACACGGCCAAUGCCGCCGCCGCCGCGUUAAGUCAUCAGCAGCCUCACCAUCAUCACCAUCAUAUGCACCAGCAUCAACACCAACAGCAGAUGCAUCAGCAGAUGGCUUACGAAAACCAUUACGGUCAGCUGUUACAUGCAGCAGCUGCCACGGCAGUAGCGCGUCAUAGGGUCGACAACACGAUUUUGCAGCCCACCACAUUGCCACAAACGGGAGGAAACAAACCCCAACAUGGUACCGAGGCGUGGCACAGAUUGCGUCGCGAGAACCACAAAGAGGUGGAGCGCAGAAGACGUGAGCUGAUCAAUUCUGGAAUCAAAGACUUGGCUGCAUUGAUUCCUACUCCAGACACAAAUAAGGCACAGAUCUUGCAGAGAGCCGUGGAGUUCAUCAGAAGAUUGAAGGAAAACGAGAACAAUAACAUCGAGAAGUGGACCUUGGAGAAGUUGUUGACGGAGCAAGCGGUGAGCGAAUUGAAUGCCUCCAAUGAGAAGUUGAAGGCCGAGUUGGAGCGGGCGUACCGUGAGAUUGAGCAGUUGCGUAGAACGCUCAAUGAGAAGUAG